UUGGUUCAGAAAUGAAAACAUACUGGAAUGGAGAGUCAGAAAAGUCAAGAUUUUAAACAGUUUUUAAAGGAGUUUUGCGAUGAAUUUAAGAAGAAGUGUGAAACGGAUGAUUCAAUACCACUGAGAGUUGCAAAUCCACGAAUAACACCUUCGGAAUUAGAAGGCGAGUGCCUGGAUUGGUGUCUGGACCACUUGUCGGCAAGAGGAUGUCCUACAGGAUUUUCAUCCCUGAUUGCCCGUGACGUGUUCACACGACUAUUGGCUGGUGACCUUCAGCAGUUUUGUACAGAGAACAGUUUGAAUAACGGAGGGGAUAGUGAGACAACUGGGGGCAAGGAUGAAAGAAAUGAACAAUACAAGAAAGUCAAAGAGUAUGAUGCAGAGAUACUUCAGAAACACCUUCUGUUGUUGCUGGAAGCAGUGUGCAAGUUAUGGCUCGCCAACUUUCCCGUGUUCAGCGUCAGUGGGCGAGAGCCAGUCGUGUCGUUCCAUGCCAUCAAGAACACACGGCGUAAGAUGGAGGACACGCAUGUCAUUAUACCGGACCUCAAUGCGCUCUUCGGAAUCACGGAUCAACCACCCCAGGCCUUCUACGCUGUGUUUGAUGGCCAUGCAGGCACAGAUGCCCCCAUUUUUGCUGCCAAGCACCUCCACUGCAAUCUGGUCCACAGAUGUGGCCUUGCUCAGGAUCCCGCAAUGGCUUGCAAGAAAGCCUUCAAAGUCACAGAUGAGCAGUUUAUUGUCAAAGCAAUACAAGAGCAAUGGCGCAGUGGCUGUACGGGUGUGACGGCCUUGUUGCGGGGGAGCAGUGUGUACCUGGGGUGGCUUGGAGAUUCCCAGGCCAUGCUGGUGAAGGAUGGUAGAGUUGUAACAAAGAUGGAGCCCCACAAGCCGGAGAGGCAGGAUGAGCGAGACCGUAUUGAGGAAGCAGGAGGCUAUGUAGCGCUGGUUGCGGACAUGUGGCGAGUAGGUGGCAAUCUGGCGGUCUCCAGAGCUAUAGGUGAUGUACAAUACAAACCGUUUGUCUCGAGUGAUGCCGAAGUCCUGAACAUCAAGUUUGACGGCACAGAAGAGUACAUGGUUCUGGCCUGCGAUGGAUUGUGGGACGCAGUUACAGAGCAGGAACUACCACGCCUAGUGUAUAACUACGUGAUGGAAAAUGACGGCGAUUUAAAGGGUGUUGCAAAACAUUUGGUGCAGUACGCGAAAGACAGCGAUUCUCAGGAUAACAUUUCUGUUAUAGUGGUUUUCUUCAGGGAUACAUUAAUGGAGCCACAGGCCGAUGCCGGUCUCUUCAAUUUUUUGGGCCAAGAUUCAUAUCAGGAUUCGAAUGAUUCCGGUAAUAACAAAGAUGAUAUUAAUAAAGGGAGCGGUAACUCAGGUGAUGAUAAUGAUGAUGAUAAGUCAGGGAGAGAAAAUGGUAAUGGUGACGGUGGUAAUAUUAAUUUUAAUGUAAAUGGAAGUUGUUUUGGUGGAGAAAGCAAUAGAAGAAAUAAAGAUGCAGAACAGACAGAUAAUGAAAGAAAGAUAGAUGAAUACAUUGAUCAAGAACUUGGUGUCCUAGCUGAUCUGCCAUGUGAGGAAAACGAUAAAUCAGAAGAAAAUGUCAGGUACUCUGAGACAAGCGAAGAGCAGCAAAAUAAUGAAAUUGAAAAUGAUACAAAUGAACCAUUAGAAGAGCUCAAACUAAGAUCUUUUGAUCAGUUUGAAAAUAAUGAUGAAGCUGAAGCAGGGAUUGCUGUGGAGAACAGGAGAAAACUACUGACUGAAAUUGAUCACAAGAGUUUCAUGUAUGGAACAUCAAAUUUAAGCGAGCUGCUUGGAGGUAAAGAUGCUUUACAAAUCAGUGAGUCAGAUCCAGAUUAUUAUGGGGUGUUUAACACAAGAUUAGUUGAUGGACCAAUAGAUUUAGAUCACCUAGAUGAAAUAAAUUCAUCUCUUUUGCUCAAGGAUAUUGCAGAGUCUGUUUACAAGCACAAUCUUGAUGAGGAUCAGGAUUCAACAGACCCCAAAACAAGAGCGAAAAUCAAUGAAAAUUGUUUUGCCAAUUUUGACAAAGAUCUUGAAUUGAGUGUUAAAAACCACCUGAAAACUGAGAAGUAUGGUCAAAAGAAAAGAGAAGAAAGAUUGAAGGAAGCGACUAAACUCCAGAGGCGAGAUCCAAGAGGUAAAGGCAAGUCCCCUGUUUGUUGGGCAUUUACUGGUAAAAACCGAGCCUCAGUACAAAACUACAAACUCAACUUGGCAGCUAAAUCAUUUCAUCGCGGGUCAAAUGCAUUGUUUGCCGCAGAGGACAUUCCAAAUGUGAAACCACCAGCACCAAAAUUUGCUCAAAAUUACUCGCAAAACGAAAACGUACAUAACAUUGCUAACAUUACAAUGUCGCACAAUAAACUCGAUAGUCUACCCCCACCGUUGCCGAAGAUAUUGCCCUCUAGCUUGGAGACACUUUCUGGGUUUAAGGUGUUUGGAAGCAAGGCAGGACGUCAGAAUGGAGGUCAGAAGUUUCACACGACUUGGCGUCCUCGCAAACCCCUAAAGCCCAUCUCCAGUGUGGUUUAUGAGACUCCUCCAACACCAUUCAUGAACUCUAAGAUAGAUGUUUCUCGUCAGCAUUAGAGCCUCAGUCUGCAGAAACUGGACUUUAUGCAUGUGCCUAAAAUCUUAUCCCAGAUUAGCCUGUGCAGUUUGCACGGGCUAAUCACAAACAACACUUUCCCUCUAAAGUGGAUAUUCAUUUAGUAAAGAUUACCCUUAAAAGAACAAUUCCAUACAAACAGAAAGUGUUGCCCCAUUGUCCCUGAUUAGCUUGUUCAUACUGCACAGGCUUAUCUGGGAGGACACUUAACGCAUGAGCUUUAGGCCCAGUUUUUCUAGAACUCUGCUAACUUGAUACUGUUUGUUUGGCAUUAUGUCUCUGAACAAAUUUGCGAGGUUUGGAAUUAACAUUAUUUAAGAAAAGUUGGUGAAUAGAUUAAGCACGAGAUUGCUUUAGUGUUUAAACAUACACAUGUACAUUUUUAAAUCUAUAACUCAGGAAAAUAUCGGGCCUUUAACAACUACAAAUGCAACAAUCUCUGUUAAUGCAAACAGUUGCUUUUACUCAGUCUAGUUCAGUUUGACAUUCUCAACAGUUUUUAUACAUGUACUAGGUUCCAAGAUUAUCAUGAAAUUUACCAGUAAUAAAAAACAUAGGCUAAAAUAAUCUUACUCUGUCCAUGUUUUGAUGGAUAAAAAUUAUCAGUUAUGGCUAUGCCGUAUUGCAAAAACUUGCCUUGAUUAUUUUAUUAGCUCGGCGUUUUCGGAGAAAACCCGAGGUAUUGUCAUAGCCAGCUCGUCGUGUCGUCCGCCGUCCACGUCGUGCUUAAACCUUAACAUUGGCUCUAAAAUCAAAGUGCUUCCGCCUACAACUUUGAAACUUCAUAUGUAGAUGCACCUUGAGUUCUACAUGCCACAACCAUUUUGGGGUCACUAGGUCAAAGGUCAAGGUCAUCGUGACCUCUUAAAAAAAUAUAAUAAAAAAAAUCUGACAAGCUUUCAUUUAUUAAAAACUGCACCCGUAGCCGAGCGUGGCACCCGUUAUGCGGUGCUCUUGUCUUGUAUAUCUUUUAUAUUGUGUAGCUGAUAAAUAAUAAGCUCUUAUAAAUCAAAUAAAUUGCGUUUUACCACUCUAGAGACCACAUUUAUGACUUUAUUUUGAUUAAAAUUGGUCCAAUGUUCAUCUUAAAAAUAUCUGACCUACAUGUAGGCUCAAAUCUUGAUCAUUCUUAUAGAAAAACUUUUUCACACAAUUAUAUCUUAUAAAACUAUUGUGCUUUGGAGAAGCCGCAUUUUAUGAAACAAACUUGACAAAACUGGGUCAGAAUAUUUAUCCUUGCAAAGGUCAAAUUUGGGUCCUGUGUUUCAAAAAAGUAGAUCUAGUGGUAAAAUCUUAGAAAAAAACAUGUUUACACUCUAAAAUCCUCCUUAAUGAGUCAAUCUUGAUGUGGCACGGUGGAAUGUUUAUCUUGACAAUAUUAAUGCCAGGUUUGAAUCUGAGAAAAGUGAAAAUAAAAACCACCAUAGUUUACCAGGUUAAGGUUGCCACACUUUGUGUAUCUUGUUCUCAGUUAAGCACUUUUGAGCCUUAAUGGCCCACCUGUUCAUCGAGUUUCUUUCUUUUAAGUUUUUCGGCGUAGCUGUUUAACGUCACUUUUGACCUUACCUGACCUUUUUAAUUCAAAUAAAAUUUCCCACUGCUAGACACGAAUGAAUACACUUCAUUUAUUCCAUUGACUGAUUUGAACAUACCACCAAAACAUUGGAAACAUGAACGUGUCUUUGUAACACUGUUUUACUGCUUGUUCAGCAUGAAACAAUUUUAUCUCUUAUGAAAAGGCUUGAUAGAUAGAACAGUUUUACACUCAACUCUCGACAUCAAUACAGUUUGUGCGUGCACCUUUUAUUUUAAGAGGAUUUCCAGCGCCAGAGCGUUUGUACUUGAAGGCUAUGUUCUCAUAUUAAGUAAUUACUUCCAUAUUCCUGUCUGUUUACUAUUAUAUCUAAGUUCAUAAAAGUAUCAUUUUUCCCUAUCCUGAUAUUCGUUUUGACCAAACCAUUUUAAAGUGUUGACAUGGUAAAUGUCUUGCUUUUCGAAAUAACAUACAUCUGUUCUUGUAUAUCAAACUUGUUCUCCAGUUUGGUCUAACCCAUCUAUGCCUAGCGUCUAAAAAAAAGGCCUUGGCAAACAGCAUAGACCCAGAUGAGACGCCCCAUGAUCCCUAAUUUUAGAAAUAGAUUGAUCCAAUUUAGAAGGAUGGCAGAGUUCAUUAGGCUAAAAUGGGUUAAGUUUUCACAGUUUCAUUUGAUAUUUUAAGAGCUCUGCAGCUAUGAAGAGACGAGGAUUAAUUAAACGUAUUGAAAACAGUCUUGGCAGUACACGGCCUUUUAAGCGCAAGUUUCCACAAAUGAGUCCCAAAUAAUAGAUGUCUAAUUGCUUUUGAACAUGUGUAUAGCUUCUUAUUUUCAGAUACCCUUAAGUGUUGUUACAUUUACAAAUCUAUGUUGUUUUUGGGAAUGUUUUUUGAAAAUAUUUUGGAUAAUUGUUUUUAACUUUUUGUGUAUUUCUUUUUACUUCUUUGAAUGCCAGUUAUCAUGCAUUUGUAUGACUUACAGUCUUAUGUACUUACUUUUCAAUCACACCUUUAUUUAUUUAACAAAACUAUCCCUGAUCAUUAUUUGUAUUUGUAUGUUUGAUUUAUUGGUUUUUGUCUAGUCAUUUGUCAGCUUACUGUUUAAGACUUACAGCUAUUGUACACUGUUGCAUUAACAAUUGUAUUUAAAUUACAAAAGAUAUUACACAAUUUUUGUUAUAGUUAUAGUUAUACAAUUAUAAUUGAAAUAAUUUGAAGCUAAAUGUUGGCAAUUGUGGUAAUAAUAGCUUGUCUUCCUAAUGCUUGUUAUCAACCCAUGUGGUUGAAUUCCCACACAUCAGAACUCCAAACCAUUUGUUGUCCCCCACCAUCCGAUAUUGUUUUGGACGUUGUCCAUCCGUCUUUUCGUCCGUCCGUCUUUCCGUCCGUCAGGAGCAAUAUCUUGGAAGUGCUUUGGCGGAUUUCAUUGAAACUUAAAACAUUGAAACUUGGUAUGAGUAUAUAUGGAUAAGAGGAUGAUGCACGCCAAAUGGCAUUGUACACCAUCUGUUAAUAAUUGAGUUAUGGCCCUUUGUAUCUUGAAAAAAAUGCUUUUUUGAGUGUCAAAUAUAACACUUUUGUGUCCAGAAACAUAUUGGCGGGGGAUAUCAAUUCAACGAAUUUGCUUGUUAUUACAGCAAUGAACAACAAUAAGCUGUAGUUGAUGUAUAAACCCUUUCCUCCAUAAGAAGCAAAGUGAAAAUGUUUUUUGCAACCAACAUGAAACCAGAACAGCUAGCGAGUUACUUUCUGUCUGUUCAGGAUUUAGGCUGUUUGCUGCUCAUCAGUGCCUUAAGGUUGAAAAUAAAGCCUUUGAAACUUGUAUUUAGUAAUAAAAGUAUUUAAUUAAACUUAACCUUCUAUGGGACAACAAAUGUGUCAAAAUAUGUAUCUAAGUGGUAAAGGGUAAAUUAUACCUUUGCGCUACAGUUUCUUAUAUGAGCGAUCAAGGCUCCUCAUGGCAUCCUCAAACUUGUACUGGUCAUAGUUGAGAUGAAAACCUCUGAGGUCGCAUGGAGUUAUAUGUAGCAAGUUUUUUAAAUCGUGGUAUAGAAAUUGUAAGUUGAAUAUAAAGGGGCAGAACUUAAGCAAUUAUUUAUGUUGGAUAUCACAAAAAUACAUGUGCAACUUCAUAUUCUUAGAAAUAAUGCAUGUAAGAAGAAUUUUUUUACAUCGAACAGUUUUAAGCACUUUGUUGGACGAGUUUGGGUUUACAGACAGACAGAUUGACUGACUUGCAUUGUGUGACCAGGGUUUGGCUUUAUCCCCUCUUUACACGGUGUGGAGGGUGGGGUAUGGAUAUAUUAAUUUAAUACCACAUUUAUACCUCAGUGUUUUAAUUUGAUAUUCUCUUAGUAUAUAAGGGCUAUGACAAGCGAAAGGCUUAACUCUCCCCCUGAUGUUAGUCUAAGUCUACUUGGGUUACCCAAGGGUAUACCGGUUAUUGAUUUUUGCUAAACCUAUUGUAACUGUAAAUGAUUAAUUUAUGAUGUAAGUUUCUUUUCUUUUGAUAUUGUUGUUGUUUUAUGUUUAAGUGUUUUUUUUAUUCACAUGUAUAACUAUGUUAUCUUGUAUCCGUUUUUUGGGUUAUAAUGUAACAAUAUUAUUAUAUUGUGUAGUGUAGUGAGUUAUAAAAAAACAACACUAAUCAGGAAUAGUAGUACUUUAGAAUGUGGACCCUGGAAUGCCUUGUAAUUGUCUCUGUUGUGCAGAUGCUUGCCAUAUGUUUUGAGAUUCUGUAUGUACUGUACAUGUAUAUAUUAUUUUUAUGCCCCCCUUCGAAGAAGAGGGGGUAUAUUGUUUUGCACAUGUCGGUCCGUCCGUAUGUCCGUCCACCAGAUGGUUUCCGGAUAACUCAAGAAUUCUUAGGCCUAGGAUCAUGAAACUUCAUAGGUACAUUGAUCAUGACUCGCAGAUGACCCCUUUUGAUUUUGAGGUCUAAGGUCGAGGUCAGGGUGACCCGAAAUAGUAAAAUGGUUUCCGGAUGAUAACUCAAGAACGCUUAUGCCUAGGAUCAUGAAGCUUCAUAGGUACAUUGUUCAUGACUCGCAGAUGACUCCUAUCGAUUUUCAGGUCACUGGGUCAACGGUCAAGGUCACGGUGACCGGAAAUAGUAAAAUGGUUUCUGGAUAAUAACUCAAUAACGCUUAGGCCUAGGAUCAUGAAACUUCAUAGGUACAUUGAUCAUGACUCGCAGUCGACCCCUAUUGAGUUUGAUGUCACUUGGUCAAAGGUCAAGAUCACGGUGACCCGAAAUAGUAAAAUGGUUUCCGGAUGAUAACUCAAGAACGCUUAUGCCGGAGAUCAUGAAACUUCAUAGGUACAUUGAUCAUGACUUGCAGAUGACCCCUAUUGUUUUUUAGGUCACUAGGUCAAAGGUCAAGGUCAUGGUGACCUGAAAUAGUAAAAUGGUUUCUGGAUGAUAACUCAAGAACGCUUAUGCCUAGGAUCAUGAAACUUCAUAGGUACAUUGAUCAUGACUCGCAGAUGACCCCUAUUGAUUUUCAGGUCACUAGGUUAAAAGUCAAGGUCACAGUGCCAAAAAAACGUAUUCACACAAUGGCUGCCACUACAACUGACAGCCCAUAUGGGGGGCAUGUUAUACAAACAGCCCUUGUCAUAAUAUGCCUUUGUUUUAACAGUAGGUGUGCAUCCUCACAUGCAUCAAGGUCAAAGGUGUUAUAGUUUUGUUGCGUUUUAGCUCACCUGAGCAGACCAUGCUUGUGACUCAUUUCAUUUGUCGUCUGCUUACAACAUUUAUCUAAUAAACUAUUCAGGUGACAUACUGAACAGUUGAGUUCCUUUAGGUUUCAGGUCAGCCCCCUUAACCCUCUACCACUUAGGUUCAUAUUUGUAUGCAUUUUUAGUCCCUUAGAUAGCUAAAUAUAACUUAAGACCUUUCUUACUAGAUUCAAGUUUUAAAAUCUUCAUAUCCAACCCUUAGAUACUGAUGAGCAGCAAACAGCAUAAAACCUGCACAGACUGCAAGUUACUCGCAGGCUGUUCUGGUUUUAUGCUCUUUGCAAAUACCCAUUUUCACUUUGCUUCUGAGUGGGAAAGGGUUCAGGCUUGUUUGCAUUACUGCUUCUAAAGUUCUUGUCCUUUUGAUCAUGUUUUCCUAUUUAAUAAGUUUAUAGUUAAACACCACAAAGAGGAGAUUGCUUCUUCAGCCAAAUUGUUUUAUUGUAGACUGCAACAAACCUGAAUGUAUUUUAAUUUUCUACUUUAUGUCAUACUUGAUCAUGCUUUUGUUAGGACUAUCUAUUUAAACCAGUAAUGUAUAUAUGCUAUAUGUGAGUAAAACAUUUAUUAUGCCCCCCUUCGAAGAAGAGGGGGUAUAUUGCUUUGCACAUGUCUGUCGGUCUGUCGGUCGGUCCGUCCGUCCACCAGGUGGUUUCCGAAUGAUAACUCAAGAACGCUUGGGCCUAGGAUCAUGAAACUUCAUACGUACAUUGAUCAUGACUCGCAGAUGACCCCUAUUGAUUUUGAGGUCACUAGGUCAAAGGUCAAGGUCACAGUGACCCGAAAUAGUAAAAUGGUUUCCGGAUGAUAACUCAAGAACACUUAGGCCUAGGAUCAUGAAACUUAAUAGGUACAUUGAUCAUGACUCGCAGAUGACCCCUAUUGAUUUUCAGGUCACUAGGUUAAAGGUCAAGGUCACAGUGACCCGAAAUAGUAAAAUGGUUUCCGGAUGAUAACUCAAGAACGCUUAUGCCUAGGAUCAUGAAACUUGAUAGGUAGAUUGAUUAUGACUAGCAGUUGACCCCUAUUGAUUUUCAGGUCACUAUGUCAAAGGUGAAGGUCACGGUGACCUGAAAUAGUAAAAUGGUUCCCAGAUGAUAACUCAAGAACGCUUAUGCCUAGGAUCAUGAAACUUCGUAGGUAGAUUGAUAAUGGCUGGAAGAUGACCGCUAUUGAUUUUGAGGUCACUAGGUCAAAGGUCAAGGUCACGGUGACCCGAAAUAGUAAAAUGGUUUCCGGAUGAUAACUGAAGAACACUUAUGCCUAGGAUCAUGAAACUUGAUAGGUAGAUUGAUCAUGACUCGCAGAUGACCCCUAUUGAUUUUCAGGUCACUAGGUCAAAGGUCAUGGUGACCCAAAAUAGUAAAAUGGUUUCCGGAUGAUAACUCAAGAAUGCUUAUGGCUAGGAUCAUGAAACUUCAUAGGUACAUUGAUCAUGACUGGCAGAUGACCCCUAUUGAUUUUCAGGUCACUAAGUCAAAGGUCAAGGUAACAGUGACAAAAAACAUAUUCACACAAUGGCUGUCACUACAACCGAGAGCCCAUAUGGGGGGCAUGCAUGUUUAAUUAUAAUUUAAAUUCUUAUGUAUAACUUAAAGAAACUGGUAUGACUGGUAUCAAAUAUAAUCUUAAUAUACACGUACCACUUAACUUAUAAGUUUUUAAUAUGUUCAAUAUGUAUAUUGAUGUAAAUGAACAAUAUCAUAUGUGUAUCCAUAUUACCUGUACUUAGUUUGAUUAUCUAAGGAAUGCAAAACUAUAAUUACAUGUAUAUUUGAUGUACAAUUCCAAUGUUAUGUUUAUAUAUGUUCACUUAAGUACUCGUUUUAUUGUUGUAAUCGUGUAACCGUCUACUGUUAUUCCCACGUUUGGAACGAAUCCAGUCUAUAUUUGUAUUAAAUAAUUCAUCCUCUGUAA